ACUUUAUAUAAUGACAGCAGGUCAUGAAGGGCAUGGUCUCGCUUCGAUCUCCUUAACCCAUGUCUAUUUCAAUCCUUUGGACAAAAUAUCUUAUGCAUUUGCAUACAUCACUCUAGCUCCAAUCGCUAUUAUGGUUUUUUAUGCAUCUGUCAUUGUUUCGCGACGCGAGAUGGCUGGUAUUUUAAUGCUUGCUGGUCAAUUUUUAAAUGAAGCCUUGAAUUACGUUUUGAAAGAGAACAUUGAACAGGACAGACCAUAUGGACAUCUUGGGGAUGGAUAUGGAAUGCCUUCAAGUCAUUCACAGUUUAUUUGGUAUUUUGCUGUUUAUGGCUCUUUGUAUCUUUACAAGUACAUUCAAUUAGACCAUGCCAUUUGGAAAAUUUUAACUUGCUUUGCAAUGUUCUCCCUUGCCAUUCUGGUUUCUGUCUCUCGUAUCUAUUUGGGAUAUCAUACUCUCAAUCAAGUCCUAAUUGGAUCAUUAGUUGGAGCUUUGUUUGGAUUGAUAUGGUAUAACGCUACAAAUUUAAUGCAUUCGUAUGGCAUCAUCGAUUACAUUCUGGACAUGACAGUCUGCCAAAAGUUGUACAUCAGAGAUAUGGGUAUGGUUAAUAAUGUUGCUCGUUUUGAGUACCAACAGUGGAGUCAAUUAAGGCAAAAUCAGUUGAAUAGCAAAAUUAAAUAAAUUUUUUGAUACACCUUAUUACCUGUCUAUCUUUACUGCAUUUGGUCGAUAGACUUAAAAGCAAUUUCUGUAAAGUAGACAAAAGAA